ACCCUCGGGCGGAAGUGCCCUCCGGCUUCCGGAGGGAGGUGCCGGCCUCACCCAACAUGGCGGCGCCCAGGGGUCUCUGAGCGCCCGGGAGGUGACUGUCGCCUGAGGUCGUGGCGGGCGCCGGCUCUCCAUGGCGCUGGGCAGUCGCGGCUGCACGUUGCUGGCGGCUGGCCGGCUCCGGGCGCGUGGAGCGGGUUUCCGUUAUGCAUCAACUACAGCUGACCUGAAAUCUGAGAGUGAAAUAGACACAAGGGAGAAUGAGGUUGUUUCCCCAGAGUUCACUAACAGGAACCCUCGGAACCUUGAGCAGCUGGCACUUGCUAGGAAGGAACGUGGCUGGGAGACAACAUGGCCAAAGCGUGAAUUCUGGCAUAGGUUACGGCUGGAGCGGACGCAGCAUUAUGUAGAAGCCUUUGUGGAGCGCAGUAAUGGCAAUGUUGUGUUAUCUGCCUCUACUCGAGAGUGGGCUAUAAAGAGGCACCUGUACAGUCCUAAGGGUGUUACAGCCUGCAGAAACCUUGGCCGUGUUAUGGCACAGCGCUGUUUGGAAGCGGGAAUCAACUUUGUGAACUUUAAAGCUGUUAUUCCUUGGGAAUAUCGUUGUGAUUCGAUCCAGGCAUUUGAAAAAGCGAUGACAGAGGGUGGUGUUGUUCUGCGAGAGCCGUGGAGAAUCUACCAAUAAAAUGGAGACCACUGGGACAACUUCCAGGGAACAGCACUCACUUCCUAAGUGUGGGUCCAGCCACAGCGAGGAACUGGAAAUGGAAGGAGUUGGAACAUGGUGGAAAAUGGCAUCUACUAAUAAAAUAUUUAUAAAUAAA